CGGGCGGCGGGCGGAGGAUCGCGGCGCUUGGGGGCCUGUCGCCCCGUCGGGUGCAGCGCGCGCCAUGGCUGGCUGCUGCUGCCUGUCCGCGGAGGAGAAGGAGUCCCAGCGCAUCAGCGCCGAGAUCGAGCGGCAGCUUCGCCGGGACAAGAAGGACGCCCGCCGCGAGUUCAAGCUGCUGCUGCUGGGAACUGGUGAGAGUGGCAAAAGCACCUUUAUCAAGCAAAUGAGAAUCAUCCAUGGAUCUGGUUACAGUGAUGAAGACAGAAAGGGGUUCACGAAGUUGGUCUACCAAAACAUAUUCACCGCCAUGCAAGCCAUGAUCAAAGCCAUGGACACCCUAAGGAUACCGUAUGUGUGUGAGCAGAAUAAGGAGACUGCCCAGCUAAUCAGAGAAGUGGAAGUAGACAAGGUCUCUGCGCUCUCCAGGGACCAGGUGGAGGCCAUCAAGCAGCUCUGGCAGGACCCCGGGAUCCAGGAGUGUUAUGACAGGAGGAGGGAGUACCAGCUGUCAGACUCUGCUAAAUAUUACCUGACGGACAUCGACCGGAUCGCCAUGCCGUCCUUUGUGCCAACGCAGCAAGAUGUGCUCCGCGUCCGCGUGCCCACAACUGGCAUCAUUGAGUAUCCAUUUGACUUGGAAAACAUCAUCUUUCGGAUGGUGGAUGUUGGUGGCCAGAGAUCUGAAAGACGGAAAUGGAUUCACUGUUUCGAGAGUGUCACCUCCAUUAUUUUUCUGGUUGCUUUAAGUGAAUAUGACCAGGUCCUGGCUGAAUGUGACAAUGAGAACCGCAUGGAAGAGAGCAAAGCCUUAUUUAAAACCAUUAUCACCUACCCCUGGUUUCUGAACUCAUCUGUGAUUUUGUUCUUAAAUAAGAAGGAUCUUUUGGAAGAGAAAAUCAUGUACUCUCAUCUAAUCAGCUAUUUUCCAGAAUACACAGGACCAAAGCAGGAUGUCAAAGCUGCCAGAGACUUUAUCCUGAAGCUUUAUCAAGACCAGAAUCCUGACAAAGAGAAAGUCAUCUAUUCCCACUUCACAUGUGCCACAGACACAGAGAAUAUCCGAUUUGUGUUUGCUGCUGUGAAAGACACAAUUCUACAACUCAACCUGAGGGAAUUCAACCUAGUUUAAAAGCUGCUGCCAUCACCCCACGCCCUGGGCAGUACACCAAGCCCAUUACUGCCGGCCACAAGGACAGAGAUGGGUGUGGGCACUUCUAAAAUAUUUGAGUUUAGCAAAUCUUUCUUUGGUCUUUAUUCCCAAAUUGUUUUUCUUUUUCUUGACUUUUGGCUAUAAGAUUUAUGUAAUUUUUGAAUUUGAUAUUUUAUAAAAUUUUUAAAAGCCACUCUGAUUUACUUUUAAAAAAAUAUCACUUAACAGAGGGGUCUGUUAAUUUAUAGAUCAUGCCAUGAGACCUCUAAUUAUUUUGGGUGACAUUUUUAAAAUUGCCUAUAAUUUACAGACAUUUUUAAUUGACUGUUUUUCUCUCUUCAUGUUGAAGUAUGAUGCUUCUGACAUGCCACCAAAGAUUUUUAAACAGUUGGCUUUUUUUGUAUUAACUAAGUCAAAUUAAAGCCUAUAUCAGUACAUCUCAUUUCGUUUUGCCACAAUUCGAUCAAAGUUGACAUCAGGUAAACAGGCUCUCAAAUGUGUAUUGUUGUAUUGGUGGAAAAUGUGUGUAUAUAUUCCAGUGUAUAUGACCAAGUCUUUGAAACUUAUGAAAUAGCUGAAAUUGUCCGACAAAUAUAAUGUAACCCCUGCCAAAGUUUUGAUGGCCAACACAGAUUUGCUGUUUGAACCAUGUAUGCUGUGCCUUUCUGAGGAGGCUAAGAAUAUACCAUUCUGCCAUUA